AUGGAUUCUAGUGAAAUAUUAACCCCAGACGCCUCGGUGGCGUCGAACCAGGAGGAGGUGGAGAGGAACGGCGCCCCCGGCAGCUCUUCGCCCGGAGGCAACACGGAGGAGCAGUUUGUCCCUGCUCUUCUCUGCAGGUAUUGCCGCAUGCCCAUCUCCCAGUAUGGUGAGAUACUCCCGCACCGCGCCGCCGAUGCGUGGGCGUCGCAGGUCUACGCCUACGAGUUGGAGCUCUUCGACGACAAGCCUCCGCUGUGGUGCUACUCCGCCACCAACCCCUCCGCCCAACGCUUCGACGUCGUGCGCUGCGACGCGGCGAUCGCGUUUCAGCGCCGGUUCCUGCGCCUCUGCGGCGCGUGGUCGGCGGAGCACACUUUCUUCGUCGGCCACGAGUGGCGCUGCGCUGUGUGCAAGACCUGCAACAACUUUCUCGGGUGGGGCUUUCGCCCGAGUUUGCCGCGGCCCAGCGACGCCACGGCCGCGACCGCGGAGUCCGACGAGGACGCCGACGAGGAUCUCAGUUUUGUUGCGAUUAUUUUGACCCGCUGCACCGGCAGCGAGAAGUUUCCGUUGUCUUUCUUCAAGUCCCGCGAGGUCGCGAAGUCGCCGCGUGAAUCAUCCGUAGCCGCCGCCCCCCAGUAA